UGCUCUCCCAACACCCGUGCAAAACACACGAAGAAAAUCAGGAACAGAAGAUUGAAUCGCAGUUUCUAGUGUGAUCACCCGCUGACCUGAUCGACCGGAAACCCCCACCAGUUCUUUUUUAGGCCCUGUUUGUGGUUACAGCUUACGUAGAGCACGCAGAAGGCGUCCAGGGAGAGCCUGAAGAUGGACCCGCUCGCAGAAGUGCCUUUGCUGCCCGGCGAGGAGAGAGUGACAGACAAAGACCUCAUCUACAUGUGUCCUUUCAGCGGAGCAGUGAAAGGCAAAGUUUUCAUCACCAACUACAGACUCUUCUUCAAGAGCACGGACGUGGACCCUGCUGUUACCCUUGAUGUCCCCCUGGGGGCUGUCAGUCGAGUGGAGAAAAUGGGCGGGGCCACCAGUCGGGGGGAGAACUCCUACGGACUCGACAUCACCUGCAAGGACAUGAGGAACCUGCGGUUCGCACUGAAGCAGGAGGGCCACAGCAGGAGGGACAUUUUCGAGAUUCUCUUCCGAUACGCCUUCCCUCUCUCACACGCCAUGCCUCUGUUUGCCUUCCUGAGCCAGGAGAAAUUUGAGGAGAAUGGCUGGAGUGUCUACAGCCCCAUGCAGGAGUUCAGGCGGCAGGGCUUGCCCAAUGACAAGUGGAGGAUCACCUUCCUGAACCAGAGCUACGAGCUGUGUGACACGUACCCCACCGUCCUCGUGGUGCCAUACAAGGCCACCGAGGAGGACCUGCGCAAGGUGGCCGCCUUCCGCUCCCGCGGCCGCAUCCCUGUGUUGUCGUGGAUCCACCCGGAGAACCAGGCGGUGAUCGCGCGCUGCAGUCAGCCCCUGGUGGGCAUGAGUGGCAAGCGCAACCGCGACGAUGAGCGCUACCUCGACAUCAUCCGCGAGGCCAACGGGACCACCAACAAGCUGACCAUCUUCGACGCCCGGCCCAACGUCAACGCCGUGGCUAACAAGGCUACCGGCGGCGGGUAUGAGGGGGAAGAUGCCUACCAGAACGCCGAGCUGGUGUUCCUGGACAUCCACAACAUCCACGUAAUGAGGGAGUCGCUGAAGAAGCUGAAGGACAUCGUGUACCCCAACGUGGAGGAGUCACACUGGCUCUCCAGUCUGGAAUCCACACACUGGCUGGAGCACAUCAAGCUGGUGCUGGCGGGGGCGAUCCAGGUCGCGGACAAGAUCUCGUCGGGCAACUCUGUGGUGGUGCACUGCAGCGACGGCUGGGACCGCACAGCCCAGCUGACCUCGCUGGCCAUGCUGAUGCUGGACAGCUACUACCGCACACUGAAGGGCUUCCAGGUGCUGGUGGAGAAGGAGUGGAUUAGCUUCGGCCACAAGUUUGCCUCGAGGAUCGGUCAUGGGGAUAAGAACCACGCGGAUGCGGACCGGUCCCCCAUCUUUGUGCAGUUCAUUGACUGUGUCUGGCAGAUGACCAAGCAGUUCCCCACAGCCUUCGAGUUCAGCGAGCGCCUCCUGGUGACCGUCCUGGACCACCUCUACAGCUGCCGUUUCGGCACCUUCCUGUACAACUGCGAGAGCGUCCGCGACACCAACGAGGUCAGGACGAAGACUGUGUCACUAUGGUCCCUGAUCAACAGCGACCAGGCAUCCUACAUCAACCCCUUCUAUGCCACUGAGUCCACCCGUGUACUCUACCCUGUAGCCAGUAUGCGCCACCUAGAGUUGUGGGUGACUUACUACAUCCGGUGGAAUCCCCGGAUUCGACAGCAGCAGCAGAGUCCGGUGGAGCAGAGGUACAAGGAGCUGCUCGCCCUGAGGGACCAGUACCUGAAGAAGCUGGAGGAGCUGCAGCUGUCUGACUCCGCCCCCCACCUGCCUAACAGCACCGCCCCCUCCCCGGCCUCGCCCACACAGCGGGUCACACACCUACACACGCCCUUCUGAUCACAGGCGCCCCACACGCACACGCAGAUUGUACAUAAUGAUAACUUUAAUAAUAAUAGUAAUAAUAAUUACGAUAGGAAUUGUACUACUCAUAAUAACAGUAAUUCAACAAUGAUGCAAUAAAAUCACAGUACAGCCUUCACAUUUUAAACAGUGCAAGCAGCAGAGGAGCCUUAAAACUAUGACAUGUGUGUACAUGUACUUGACGAAACGUCUUUCCUCCAGGACAUCUUGAUGGGGGGGAAAGAAACUCAUCGUUCUUCUUAAGCACGCUGAGCAGUUGCUGUCUCUGGUUCUCAACACAGUCGUCUGCAGCGUGGCGACAUUUCUUCCCAGAGCCAAAGAGGGGGAUUGCAAAACCAUUCUGACAGAGGGACUUUAGCUCAGCUGAGGGUUAAGCCUGGAUAUGUGCUUAAUAUAACCUUAUAAACAGUAUUUACUGUUGCCUCUACUGAGACUCCACUAGCACGGCCUGGUCGCUGGGUAUUGAUAAUUCAAGUUAAACGGCACUCGCUGUGGUGGAUUCAAUUUGAGGCUCCCCUAGUUCGAUUUCACUUUAAUUUAGACGUGUCUAGGGGGAAGAAUCAGAACUAUAUCAGGAAUAUAAAUCCCUCAGCUACUGUACAUGGGAAAUGGCUUCACUGUGAGUUUGGUUCAUUGAAGGAGUUAUUUUUUUUCCCCUGUCAGUAAUUAUUACUUGUUGGUCUUUGGGAAGUGUGUGCUGUGAAUCAGAGUAUAAGAAGGGCCUUCAGUUUUCAUUCUUAAGAUGUCGGACUGCAACCAGAAGUCCACAACCCCUGGUCCUGGACAGCUUUGAUCAGCGGUGUUUCACAGUUUUACCCAGAACGGCCAAUGCCCCUUGUUUGGCUGAAUCUUAAUCAGAAUAAAUGAAUUCCAGUUGUCUCGUUUGCAGAAAAUGAGCAUUGUGUUUGUGGCAGGUUUGAAGUUUGUGCUAUUCAAAUCUAGUCAGGAUCCAAAGGCUCUGAACAGAACCAUGGGUAACCAGUCUGCAGCUCUGCUGCAAAGAAUGCUUGAUAGGUUGGGUAAGUGUGAAACGCCAGGAUCGCUGCAGUUUCAGGACCAGGGAAGGGGCGAUGGAUUGAGACUGGUCCUGUGCCUUGAACGUCUGAAGUCUGUCCUCAGACGCACGGUUUGUGUUGAAUUAUUGUUUUCCCGAGAGCAGCUUCGGCGGCAGAGAGGGCUGUCUCCUGUUUCUUAUUCUCUGUCAUGUGGCGGGGGGCUGCUCCCUGUGGUCUCCCAGGUCUCCUGGCCUUCCAAGGUCUCACGCUUCCCUUUCAAUUAACCGCAUGGACCAGGGACAGUAAAAAGUUAUGACACCUUGGACAAGUGACAAAUUCACAACAGCAUUCAGCCUGAGCUGGAAGUAACAUGCAGUCUUCUACAGCUUUGGAGGGUUGGAGCUGCCUGCCUCCUGCCCAGGAGAGAGACGCUUAAGCGUUUGAAGACUUUGGCCUCAAUGAGGAGAUGGUGUUUAACAAU